UUCCGAAUAGAUUUUGUGUGUUUGUUCAUGUCUUCUUCGUUUUGGCAAUCACUUCCACGUCAAGUUUGGGUAUUUUAUCACUAUCCUUGCAACGACGGAAUAUUUGCUGCAACUUGUGCAUAUUUGUUUUUCAAAAAGUAUUCAGCAAACGUUCGUUUUAUUCCUCAUAAAACUUAUGAAGCAUACUCCUUGGAACCCAAAGCUCUAGAACACGUGGACACCGUAUUUCUUUUGGACUAUAUAGGAAACGGUUUAGUGGAAGAACUGGCAAAGAACACGCAUACUGUUAUUAUCGAUCAUCACAAAACAGCUAUUUCCUAUUUGCAAACAAACCCCGACCAGUGGUCUUCCUAUCAAAUAGAGCUGUAUUUGGAUGAUCAACGUUCCGCUUGUGGCUUGGCUUGGAACUACUUUUCGAACCUUUCAAGACAUUUCUUUCAACAAGACUUGAUAGAUUUGCAGUUGGCGGAAACCCAUUUUCUUCCUAUUCUUAGAGCUGUACAAGAUGCCGAUUUGUGGUUGUGGAAGGAACAAGGAAGCAAGGAAAUUGUCAGUGGAUUGUCUCAGCAACUGAUAGAAUAUGACGUGAAUAGCAAUCCACAAGUAUUCGAGGAACUUGUCCAUCUGACGGUAGAUGAUCUCGUGUCUUUAGGUAAACUUGCUAUAGAAGAGAAUGAAAAGAUGAUUCUUAAAGAGCUUCAAAACACUUUUGUUAUUGAACCUUUGCCAGAACAUAAAUUUUUGGCUGUUAUGGUGGAUAGUCAUAUGGCUCGAUUGCGGAGUGAACUUGGAAAUGUGUUGGCUAAAGAAAGCGAAAAAUGCUCUCUUCUUCCAGUAGCUGCAGUAGUAUAUCCUAUUGAGAAUAAACUAAAAGUGGAGGACACCGCAAUGCAAGUGGCUUUGUAAUAUCAUUGGAAACUUUUCAAAG